AGUCUGAGCGUGCAGGAGAUCCCUCCUCUUCCCUCCCCUCUCCUCUCCCUCCUGGCUCCAGCUGCUGUGUGCUGCAGUCGGCCUGCCCUGUCUGCCUCUGAGCCUGCUGGGAGUUGGAGGGAGAAUCCGUCGAGGGAGAUCGAGCAAAGGGGGAAACUGUGCGUGUGUGUGCGGGUAUUAAACUGGAAACCACUGCUAAAAAAGCGCACACACGCGCCAUUCAGCCCGACUUGCUAUCUUUCCAGUCGGAUUGUCGGCACAACUUUCCGGAGAGCUGUGAAAACACGCAGAGGAGACCCUGAAAGUUGCGUGAUUGUGUUUUUUCCCCCUGCUGUUAUUCCGCGCCGCCAGCUCUCAUACUGAGUGGAUCCGUUUGUUGGAGCAGGACUGCGCAUUGGCUGCUGUGAAUCCAAAGAGAACAGAAACCAUGAAGAAGUGAACGCUUUAUUUCUGCACAAAGUCGAGCUUGUUGCUGAGUUAGUGUCAUUUUUUAUCUCGCGCUCCUUCUCCUUCCUCUCGCGGUGAUUUUCCUCGUCCUGUGCGGGAUGCGUCGGCUGCUGUAGGAUCCGCUUGUUGACUAGCAGUUUGUAAGAAGAAGUUUCCAAAAAGCGUCGGACACGAGAAGGCAGAAAAUGUCUUCUCCGAGGUUCAAAAAGGAUAAAGAGAUCAUCGCGGACUACGAGAGUCAAGUCAAAGAGAUCCGGGCCCAGUUGGUGGAGCAGCAGAAAUGUCUGGACCAGCAGACGGAGAUGAGGGUCCAGCUGCUGCAGGACCUCCAGGAUUUCUUCAGAAAGAAGGCGGAGAUUGAGAUGGAGUACUCCAGAAAUCUGGAGAAACUGGCCGAGCGCUUCAUGGCCAAGACUCGCAGCACCAAGGACCACCAGCAGUACAAGAAAGACCAGAACCUUCUGUCCCCGGUCAACUGUUGGUACCUGCUGCUGAACCAGGUGAGGCGGGAGAGCAAAGAUCACGCCACGCUGAGCGACAUCUACCUCAACAAUGUCAUCAUGAGGUUCAUGCAGAUCAGUGAGGACUCCACACGGCUGCUCAAGAAGAGCAAGGAAAUAGCCUUUCAGCUCCAGGAAGACUUAAUGAAGGUCCUAAAUGAGCUCUACACAGCGAUGAAGACGUACCACAUGUACCACUCAGAGAGCACCAGCUCAGAGAGCAAGCUGAAGGAGGCCGAGAAGCAGGAGGAGAAGCAGAUCGGCAGGGGAGAUCCGGUCUUCAGUAUCCGGAUGGAGGACAAAUACCAGAGACGCAGCUCUGUGAAGAAGAUCGAGAAGAUGAAAGAGAAGCGUCAAGCCAAGUACUUGGAAAACAAGCUGAAGUCGAUCAAAGCCAGGAAUGAGUACCUGCUGACUCUGGAGGCGUCGAACUCCUCUGUGUUCAAAUACUACAUCCACGACCUCUCUGACUUGAUAGAUUGUUGUGAUUUGGGAUAUCACGCCAGUCUGAACCGUGCCCUGAGGACCUACCUGUCGGCCGAGUACAACCUGGAAACAUCCCGGCAUGAGGGUCUGGACAUCAUUGAGAACGCCGUGGACAGUCUGGACCCCCGCAGUGACCGGCAGAGGUUCAUGGAGAUGUACCCGACAGCUUUCUGCCCGCCGGCCAAGUUUGAGUUCCAGCCUCACAUGGGAGACGAGGUGUGUCAGAUCUCAGUGCAGCCGCCAGUGAACGGAGAGCUCAUCCUCAGGUUCCAGCAGCUCCAGUCUCGCCUGGCGACUCUUCAGAUUGAGAAUGAAGAGAUCAAGAAGACGUCAGAGGCCACACUGACCACCAUCCAGGACAUGGUGACCAUUGAAGACUACGAUGUGUCCGAGUGUUUCCACCACAGCAGGUCCACCGAGUCCGUCAAGUCCACAGUGUCAGAGACGUACCUCAGCAAACCCAGCAUCGCCAAGAGGAGGGCCAACCAGCAGGAGACGGAGCAGUUCUACUUCAUGAAAUUCCGGGAGUUUCUGGAGGGCAGCAAUCUCAUCACCAAACUGCAGGCCAAACAUGACGUGCUGAAGAGGACGCUUGGUGAAGGCCACAGAGCUGACUACAUGACCACCAGCCGUGGACGAAGGAACUCACACGCUCGACAUCAGGACUCUGGACAGGCGAUCCCCCGCGUGGUUGAAAGCUGUAUCCGCUACAUAAACUUGUACGGCCUGCAGCAUCAAGGAAUAUUUCGGGUGUCUGGAUCCCAGCUGGAGGUCAAUGACAUCAAGAACUCAUUUGAAAGAGGAAACGACCCUCUGACGGAUGAGGAGAAUAAUCAUGACAUCAACUCAGUGGCGGGCGUUCUCAAACUUUACUUCCGAGGUCUGGAGAACCCGCUUUUCCCCAAAGAGAGGUUCAACGACCUGCUCUCCUGCAUCAGAAUAGAAAACCUGUACGAGCGAUCGCUGUACAUCCGUAAGAUCCUCCUGACUAUCCCCAGAUCUGUCCUCAUAGUGAUGCGCUACCUCUUCGCCUUCCUCAACCACCUGGCCCAAUACAGCGAUGAGAACAUGAUGGACCCAUACAACCUGGCCAUAUGCUUCGGUCCCACGCUCAUGCCCACACCGGACAGCCAAGACCAGGUGUCCUGCCAGGCUCACGUCAACGAGAUCGUAAAGACUAUCAUCAUCCACAAUGAGACCAUCUUCCCUGACUCCAAAGAGCUGGAUGGGCCCGUCUAUGAGAAGUGUAUGGCUGGAGGAGACUACUGUGAGAGCCCGUACAGUGAGCAUGGAGCCCUGGAGGAGGUGGACAACGAAGGAGGGACGGAGACACACACCAGCGAGGAUGAGGGCGAGCCCAUUGAAGCCAUUGCCAAGUUUGACUACGUUGGGCGCUCUUCCCGAGAGCUGUCCUUCAAGAAGGGCGCCUCCCUGCUGCUGUACCAACGGGCGUCGGAGGACUGGUGGGAGGGACGCCACAACGGCAUCGACGGCCUGGUGCCACACCAGUACAUCGUGGUCCAAGACAUAGAUGACAGCUUCUCAGACACUCUGAGUCAGAAGGCUGACAGCGAGGCCAGCAGCGGGCACGCUGGGGAGGAGAAAUGCUCGGGGAAAGACAUCAACUCGCCCACGGACUCCAGGAUCUCUGAGGCCUACAUCACCAGCAGGCACAAGAAAAGAUCAGAACCACCAUCUCGGCGGCCCCCUGCCCGCCCCAGCGAUGUGCACUGCAUGGUGCAUCCCUCUCAGCAUGCUCAUGGGGGUCAUGGAGGCACCCCAGAGAUGGGCUCCCCUGUUCUGGGCCACUUCAGCCCCCGAGACAUGCUGAGAACUCGUAACCACAUGGUCAUGGACAGCCCUGAACGCCGUCGCCGCACGGGCCACGGCAGUCUAACCAACAUCAGCCGCCACGAGUCUCUGAAGAAGAUGGAGAGUCCCCCCAUCCGCCGCUCCACCUCCUCAGGGCAGUACACAGGCUUCAGUGACACCCAUCAUCACCACCACGGCGGCAAGCCCCUGGACCCGGAGACCAUCGCACAGGUCAGCGCGGGACGAGCGGCGACCCGACCGCAGCUCCCUCCACCAUCAAAGCCCUGCCCCGCCCUGUAAAAACAUAGACAUAGAAGAGACUAUGAACACUGCUCUGAAUGAGCUGCGUGAGCUGGAGCGGCAGAGCUCCGCCAAGCACGCCCCUGACGUGGUGCUGGACACCCUGGAGCAGCGGCAGACCUCGGGAAGCAGCGGCGGGGGUCCCACGCCCGCCAGCUCCAGCGAGUCCCUCAGCCCCAUCCACGGCGUCAUGCUGAGGUCCACCGCCAAUACUGAGCCGCCCAUCCGCCGCAGCACCAGCACCUCCAGCGAUACCAUGAGCACCUUUAAGCCUGCGAUAGCGCCUCGCAUGGGGGUGCAGCUCAAACCCCCUGCACUGAGGCCCAAGCCCAUGGUUCUUCCCAAGUCCAACCAGGCUUCACAGCCUCAUCCUGCAUCUCCUCUGGACCCUCUGGACAAGUCCUGCACCAUGUGACCUCCGGGACAGGAACCAGAGAUGUCAAACAAGAACUCUGCAACAACUUCCAGCAGGCGUCAGAGAGCUACCAGCUUUUACACGUCUCAGACGUAAUGAGUUAAAGCGUGAAAAAUACAUAGACCCAGACCGGAAGAAAGGUUUCCUUUUGAAGUUUUAGGAGGAUGAUGGUAUGAGAGACUAAUGCAGGAGUUAGAAUGGAUACAGAGGAGUCAGUGGGACAAAUCUUUUGUCACACAGUUGUGUGUAAAUAUGCUUAGGUUAAUACUAUCUAAAAAAUGUCUUUUUUUUUCUCUUAAAUCCAAACAACAAAUCACAAAGGCUUCCUUAUAGGUUAUAGAGGAUGUUCAUUAGUUAGUUUAGUUUAGUUUGUUGAACUUUGAAUGAUGCAGGCUGCAUGUGGCUCCUCUGUUUACCUGAACCCAGCAGAACUGACUAGACUUUCAUUCCCACACUAAAAAUCAAUCUUUUAUUAUUAUUAUUUUUCUCUUUGAGGGUGUUGUGAACUGGUUUAAAGGCCUUAUUGACUCUAAAAUGUAAAAUAUUUCCAUUAUAGAUUUCUGUUUUAAAGGUGCUGGACAGAGAAAGAUUAGCUGGACAGAGAAGGUUUGAAGGUGUGACUGAUUACGGUACUUUAAUACAUGACAGUGCUAAAAGUAGUCUGCUUAAUUUCACCGGCUUGUAAACCGCAGUUUUUGUUUUUUGGGGGGCAAAGCCUGCCGAGUGUUGUGUCUCAGAAAUGUACAAAGAUCAUCUCUGUGCUGGACUGAACAUGUUUCCAUAUUUCCUGGAAUGAAAUACGACUAUUGGAUGAAACCACUACUUCACUAUGAACUGUUUCAACAUUUUCAUCUGCUCUUGAAUUCCUGCAUCAGUAAGUCAUGAUGAAGGAUGAAAGAUGCCUAAUAACUUAUGCCUUGCAUCUGUAGAUCCUUUGGGGAACAGUGUGAAUGAUUCUGAUGACAAAUCCUCUUCUGUCUACAGUUUGUGAAACUCAUAUGCUAAUGUACGACGUGGAACACAUGCUCGAGGUUCUUUUAUGCCUCUCUUGGCUUUAUUAACCCAAAGACAUGACUGUGCAAGUUAAAGCAUGGAUGUUGACCCUCCAUAUAUUCUCCAUAUUGACUGAUGUGUACAGACUCGUGGCAGCACCCUGUAGGAGUGCUGCAGGUAGCCAUGCACCUGAUGACUGUUAGUAUGAAAGGUUUCCUUCAUCAUUCUUCCUAAGACUCAUUUUCAAGCCUCUGAAAACAGCUGCUUGAUUUGUGUCCAACAAUUUUUUAAGGUGUAGUUCUUUCAUUAGAAUGUUUUAGAAGUGAGGUUAUAUGAGGUACAUGUCAACAUUAAGUGUAACACCCACAAUAGAUCCCGGUCAGCUCAGCCUCUUGGUGCUGGUGAGCCAGCACAGAAGCUAGACUAUGAACCUCUGCAGCUCUACCACGAAAUAUAGAUCAUUUUAAGAACCCAGACAUUAAUGUUGUGCAAGUCUACGCUUUAUUUUGCCAUCAGAAAGCCACUUUGUUUCUAUACUAUUUUUAAAAGCAACAUACGUGUUUUCAGCUGUUCGAGUCUGCAGGCUUCAAAAGAGAUGAAAAUACUGUUGCCUGCAGAGGUUGAUCGCCUGGUUCCUGUGUCACUUCUCUGGUAGUUUCUCAACAAAGGAGCCGAGCUAACCAGGAUCUCCUGUGGUUAGUACACUUACUGUUGACAAGUACCUCUUCUCUUACAACUACACUUUAAAACACAGAACUAUCCCUUUCCCAUACUCAGGUGAGACUGAUGUGUUUUUGUUGGCUGACUUAUAUGAAGACUUUCUCUGGAUUUGUGGACGAUGUGCGGCAGAGAACAGCGUGUAUGUAUCAGAUUUAUUCUCACCUGAUCAGUGAAGACGAGCCUGUGUAAGUCAGCUCUAAUGUGUCCAGGUUAUGUGAUCAUUUCAAAAGCAACAGCUCCGUGAAACUGUCUGUGCAGACGUUCCAGCUGUGGGACUGCACCCCCCCUUCCCCCCCUGUUUGUCUCCUUAUAAAUAACCUCUGAACUGUAGAAGUAACUGAAGUGAGUGCAUGUCCUGCGAGUGUUUGGCUAGCUUAACAGAACACAGAAAGGUUUGGUUUGCUGUGAAUAAGCUUUGCUGCUCUCUAACAGCAGGUUUACACUAUCUUUGACUUGAUGGAUAUUGUGUGUAUAAUAAUCAAAAAGAUGACUGAUUCUGACUCACUAACUUUAGUUUAUUUUUGUAAUCACUUCUGUUAUGUUUGUUUUGUUUAAGGGUAAACUUACAACAAGAGAUGUAGAAUAAAUAUGUAAAGGUGUCACACCUCCAGUAUGAAGCCAGUUGUAUAAAAACAAAGUGUUAGACUGUCACUAUGUUAACAUCCUAAAACGGUAGGCCUCAGUUAUGGUGCCUGUAGGCUUUAAGCUACUCUGUGGUGUUAUGUACAUCUGUAGUAUGUACUCGUGAAAGUGCCUUUGAAAAUGUUUUAGAGGAACUUGAGAUAUUCUGUUUCCUUUUCAUGUCAGACUCUGUGUUUUAGAAAAUGCAGUGCAGGAAGAAAAACAUGAACAAGUAAUGAUGCCAUUUUUCAAACAGUUAUGAAAGAUUAACAAUAAACAUCUUAACCAUUGUGACAUUGCACUUUCAUGUAUAUAACUGUACAUAUGGCAUGUAACAUCAUAACAUUUAGAGUUCUUUGAGGUUGAUACCUCUGUGGAUUUCUUUCUAAUAAAGGAAAUAGUUUAUAGA